CGUAGGACUAAGUGAUAGAGAGCUUCUUCUGAGUCUCUAUCGGAUGCAUAUAUAGGAACAGUGCACAUGAAAAUACAUAAACAUUGAAUGAUAUAACACCUUUUAAUAUUCUAAAAAAUCAAUUACGCUUGAUAGCUGAUCUCUUAUGGAUUGACGUCAUUGAAACAUCCCUUAGACAAAGUCGUCUAUGAUGAAAUCCAAUGCGCCUCAUCAUGCAACACAAGGCCGCCGAGAUCGAUCGUACGAAUUGACGAAUGGAUGAGCAUUCCUUCCACAAUGGACUGUGACGUGUCUGUGCCGGAGACGUUGCUGCCUUUAUUCAAAUAGUGACCAUCUCCUCCUUCUAUUCGAAUUGUUGACCAACAUCCGUUCCAUUGCAACUCUCUAGCAGUAUUACCAAGUAUCCUGACCUCAAAGACCGCCACGAAAGACUUCAAUUGCAAGAUCAACAUGUCCGCAUUUUCUAACACUGACACAGGCAACAAGCCUGCUGACCCUUACAAAGCUGUCAACAAGGAUGACGAUCUACCGGCGAGCGAGAAGAUCGAAACGCUUAACAAGUUCAUAUCCUCAUGUAAAUAUGGGAUGAUGGCCACACGCGACAUCAGCAAUGGAAGGAUUGUAUCCCGAUGCAUGGCACUGGCCGCGAAGGAGAAUGGUGGAGUCGACCAACUAUUCUUCACCAACACGGAAUCUAAGAAGACAGAUGAAUUGGAAAACGAUCCACACGUCAACGUCGCAUUCCUAGAUAGUUCCGGCCAGUGGGCAUCUGUCUCGGGAACGACCUCUAUCGAGACUGAUCGCAGCCUGAUCAAGAAAUAUUACAACCCAACGUUGAAGGUGUGGAUGGGUGAUCUGGGAGACGGCAUUCAUGAUGGUUCUGAAAAUGACCCUCGUAUUGCCAUCAUCAGGGUUAAGAUAUCGACAGUAACAUAUUCCGUCAGCGAUUUGACCUUCGUGGGCUUCGCGGCGGAGGUAGCCAAAGGGACUGUAACCGGACAACCUGCGAACGUCAGCAAACUUCGCGAGAUCAGCGAGACUGAGAUCCAGUCGUGGAGGGCAUCUCAUUAA